AUACCGGCGCCGCGUCGCCAGGAAGGCCCUCUCCGCCUCCGCCCCUGUCCGGCGCCGCUUUCUGGAAGGUUCGUGAAAGCCGGGGACGCACGCCGUUACUCUGCGGCCAGCCGGAAUCCGGCUCCAUCCGUUCUUCCCGAGCCCGCGCAGACCCAGCUGAGUUUCCCAUGCCCGAGAACGCGGUACCCCGGAGCGGGGCGCCCGCCGGGACUGCCGGCGGCCGCGGGAAGGGCGCCUAUCAGGACCGCGACAAGCCUGCCCAGAUCCGCUUCAGCAACAUUUCUGCGGCCAAAGCGGUUGCUGAUGCUAUCAGAACAAGCCUUGGACCAAAAGGAAUGGAUAAAAUGAUUCAGGAUGGAAAAGGUGAUGUGACCAUAACAAAUGAUGGUGCCACCAUUCUAAAACAGAUGCAAGUAUUACAUCCAGCAGCCAGAAUGCUGGUGGAGCUCUCUAAGGCUCAAGAUAUAGAAGCAGGAGAUGGUACCACAUCAGUAGUCAUCAUUGCUGGCUCUCUCUUAGAUUCUUGUACCAAGCUUCUUCAGAAAGGGAUCCAUCCAACCAUCAUUUCCGAGUCGUUCCAGAAGGCUUUGGAAAAGGGUAUUGAAAUCUUGACUGACAUGUCUCGACCUGUGGAACUCAGUGACAGAGAAACUUUAUUAAAUAGUGCAACCACUUCAUUGAACUCAAAGGUUGUCUCUCAGUAUUCAAGUCUGCUUUCUCCAAUGAGUGUAAAUGCAGUGAUGAAAGUGAUUGACCCAGGCACAGCCACAAGUGUAGAUCUUAGAGACAUUAAAAUAGUUAAGAAGCUUGGUGGGACUAUUGAUGACUGUGAGUUGGUAGAAGGACUGGUUCUCACACAAAAAGUGGCAAAUUCUGGCAUAACCAGAGUAGAAAAAGCUAAGAUUGGUCUUAUUCAGUUUUGCUUAUCUGCUCCCAAAACAGAUAUGGAUAAUCAAAUAGUGGUUUCUGACUAUGCUCAGAUGGACCGAGUGCUGCGAGAAGAGAGAGCCUAUAUUUUAAAUUUAGUGAAGCAAAUUAAAAAGACAGGAUGUAAUGUCCUUCUCAUACAGAAGUCUAUUCUAAGAGAUGCUCUUAGUGAUCUUGCAUUACAUUUUUUGAACAAAAUGAAGAUCAUGGUGAUUAAGGAUAUUGAAAGAGAAGACAUUGAAUUCAUUUGUAAGACAAUUGGAACCAAGCCAGUUGCUCAUAUUGACCAAUUCACUGCUGACAUGCUGGGUUCAGCUGAGUUGGCUGAGGAGGUCAAUUUGAAUGGUUCUGGCAAACUGAUCAAGAUCACAGGCUGUGCCAGCCCUGGAAAAACAGUUACAAUUGUUGUUCGUGGUUCUAACAAACUGGUGAUUGAAGAAGCUGAGCGUUCCAUUCAUGAUGCCCUUUGCGUUAUUCGCUGUUUAGUGAAGAAGAGAGCUCUUAUUGCAGGAGGUGGUGCUCCAGAAAUAGAGUUGGCCCUACGAUUAACUGAAUAUUCACGAACAUUGAGUGGUAUGGAAUCCUACUGCAUUCGUGCUUUUGCAGAUGCUAUGGAGGUCAUUCCAUCUACGCUAGCUGAAAAUGCUGGCCUGAAUCCCAUUUCUACUGUAACAGAACUAAGAAAUCGGCACGCCCAAGGAGAAAAAACUACAGGCAUUAAUGUCCGAAAGGGUGGUAUUUCCAAUAUUUUAGAGGAACUGGUUGUCCAACCUCUGUUGGUUUCCGUCAGUGCUCUGACUCUAGCAACUGAAACUGUCCGGAGCAUUCUGAAAAUUGAUGAUGUGGUAAACACUCGAUAAUCUGGAUAACUGGCUCACCACCAGUACUGUGGCUAGAGUGGAAGAAGAUUGCCUAGGUGUUCCUUGUUGUUAAGAAGAUUGUUUCCUCUGUGAAUUCCUGGUCAUGGUCUUUCAGUUGGCAUUUGCUCAAAACUGUAUUGAAACAAUUUAAUGAAAAUAUAAAAUAUUUGAUUUCAAAAGGUAGAUUAAUAUUUGUUCUCCCCUCCAGCAUCUUAUUAUUUCUGAUAAUUUUUUAAAAUCUAUAUAAGAAAU